CUCUCCAAAUCCCAACUCCCCUAAAAAAAAAAAAUACAAAACAAAAAAUGUCAUGGCUCGCCCACUCGCUCUCUAAAUCCCUCCGGCUCGACUCCGACGACGUCGUCCGGCCCCACCCCAACAACAACGACGAAGCUCCCGUCCCACCCUCCUCCACCAAACCCCAACAACACAAUGAAAUUGAAUCCGAUGCCAACGAAGCAUUCGACGCCCAAACGCGUGGCGUCAAAGACGACCUAUCGGAAUUCCAGCAAACCCUAACCCGCCAAUUCUGGGGCGUCGCCUCCUUCCUCGCGCCUCCACCUCCACCGCCACCACCCCCUCCGCCUUCUCAUCGUUUAGCUGAUCCGCCUGAUUGCGAUCGAUCCGAGCCGCCCGAUCACCGACCCGGUCAAUCUCCGAUCGCUUCUAAUGGUUAUGAUGACGAGGCGGAGGAGGAGGAGGAGUACGCCGUCGGUGUCACUGAGGAGGUCUUGAACUUCGCUAGAAACAUCGCGAUGCAUCCAGAGACCUGGUUGGACUUUCCUCUUGAUGAAGAAGAAGACUUAGGAGAUUUUGAAAUGUCUGAUGCCCAGCAAGAGCAUACUACGAUGAUUGAACAUCUUGCCCCGAGGUUAGCUGCUUUGAGAAUCGAGCUUUGUCCGUGCCAUAUGAGCGAGAGUUACUUCUGGAAAGUGUAUUUUGUUCUUCUGCAUUCAAGGCUCAACAAGCAGGAUGCCGAGAUUUUGUCCACACCUCAGGUAAUGGAAGCCCGAGCGAUGUGGAUGCAGGAGCUACAAUGCCAGACUCCUUCAUCAAAUUCUAAAGUGUCAGAACAUGAAUGGUUUGGCAGAAGCUCUUCACAAUUAAAAGGGAGUUCAAAUACUUUACAUGAAGAUUAUGAGGAUUAUUCUCCAGUCUCAUCACAUACUCCUCAUUAUGAGGAUACACUUCAUAGGACAUUCCCCUUUGAAUCAACCUGGCCCUCCACAGCCUAUGAGACUGAGAAGCACCCAGUUGAGAGUAGUGAUACGCUUUUCAUUGAUAAGUCAGUUAUCGAAGAAAAGCCUUCCAUUUUGACUGAGGAUGAGAAUGCCACAGUUGGUCCAUCCUCUCAGAUACUACUCAAUACCUAUGAUGACAAUGAUGACGAUGACUGGCCAGAAGAUGAUGAUGAAUUGUAUGGUUGCAGUGGAACAGCUAUUGCUUUGAUAAAUGAAGAAGACAUAUCUUUUAGUGAUCUUGAGGAUGAUGAUUUCCAGGCGCCUUCCAAAUUAAAGUUCGUCCCGGAGUAAGAGAUAUCAAGAACAAUACAUGUAAAUGACAGCAUGGGCUCUGCUCAUUGGAGAAAAGAUGGACCUUUAAGUCAUCUGAUGAACUGUAGGGGCGAGGAAUUUUAGAUAACUUGCAAACUCCCUACUCAGGAGCCCUACUUGCAGUCUCUUCUAAAUUACGUGCUGAAUUGUCCGACUGAAUAGUCCUGCCCUGGCAUGAAAGCCUGUGUUUCUGCUACUGUUCUAAACCAAAUUGUACAUGAUUUUGUUCAACUAGCAAUUCAAGUCUUUACAGAAAAGUUUAUGUUUGAUUGAUUGAUUGGUUUGGAUAGGAGUUGUAAUUACAAUAUAUGGUGGUUCACUGAUGGAAAGAAGAAUUUGCCUCAAAAUUUUGGUGGU